AUGAAGCAUACUGACACGAUAUUACCAGCUUCCUGCUUGCAAGUUGAAUAUGUUGAGAAAGUGAAAGUAUCCAGCCGCACAUAUAUACCUUUUCAAGCUCAAUUUGACUGUCUCUCAACCUCGCCUAUGUACUCUCCAUCUCGUCCGUGUUCAGUGGGAUUAGGCCUCCGAAUGUUGGAGUACCAUGAAGGGGGAUAUUGA